AUGGCACCAACGAGUAAAUAUUCAGCCAAGCAGAUCGAGUUCAUGGCGACAUACCAUGAUCAAUUCUUAGAGUGCAAAUCAAACAAAAAUUACGAACCUUUCUGGAGCCCAUUUUUUGAGGCAUGGGGAAUCAAGUUCCCAGAGCGUGCUGUAGUCUUCAACAACAUUCCGCUUGAUGUCGAUUUAACCGACGAACAAUCUGCUGAAGUGGCAACCGCAUGGGCAUUGCGUCAACAGCGCCUUAUGCAGAAGUUCCGUAAUGAUCUGGGCGGCUCCAAAGCAGGUCGGCGGGCUAAUGCGCAGAGUACGGCCACAAUCAACAAGAUGCUGAUGAAUGUCUCGAUGAGUUCGAAGGCGAAAAAAUCUUCUCGCAUUUUGAAACCGUAUGAGAUGUACUCAAAAAUGCACUACGGAAAAAUCAAGGAUGCUGUCAAAAAAGAGCAAGAAGAACUCAAAAACUUACCGUCUGCUGCACCACCCAAGAAGACCAGUAUUGGUGUCGUCAAGCAACAUCUUAGAGAGGCCUUCAGCACUGAGUCUGAAGAAGUUAAGGCAGAGCAUGUGGAAAUAGAGGAAAUGAAGAAACGAACUCACAAUAAGGAUGUCAUGCCUAGCUAUACAUCCAAAAUCGCGACAAUUCUGACGCAAUUCUUCGAAGAAUUACAUGAGAUGACGGAUUGGGCAUUCACAGUCCUCAUGGGCGGGCCACAGCCUAAUAUGGGUGGGACACUUGAUGUUAGUAGCUUCCACAUUGGAAAAACGCAAAUGGGCAACCGGUUCAGUCAAGCCUACCCACAUUUUUCACAAAAUAUCAUGGUGCCUUACACGCAGUUUGUUGAACGCGUUUUUCCCGAGGCAGCUGCGCUGUCGAGAACAAAAGGCUUGCUGCCUGGUUCUACUACGUCAUCCACUCUGGCUAUCACCCCUGGACCCUCAUCCGCUCCUCAUAUAGUAGCCUCUGAUACAUCACCACCUAUCCCUUCAAACACCGCAGUUUCAACUUCCGGAUCCGAUCUGUUGCUUGCAUCGGAGCUUCUCUCUCUCCCUCAAGGCAACAAUGCCUUUCAUUUCUUCUCUGACGCUGAUUUAUCCCUGUCGCCAAUGGAUGACAACUCUUCACUUCCCACUCUUCCCACUCUUCCCACUCCUCACCCAGCCCCAUCUUUCCAUUGCUCUGCAAUCUCGUUCCGCGAACGGAGUGUUCAUUUCACAAGGUUGCACUGGGUUUCUAUGUGCAAUCUCCCCACCAAAUACUCCUCCAUCCGAGUGCUACCAAAGCAGUCACGCCCAUCAUCAGGAAAAACGGGAACUCCAAUAUAG